CAAAAACACCCUCUGACGUCAUGACCAACCAAUCACAUUCAAGUAUGCGAAUAAUUUUCUCUGGAAGUGGCGUCUAUAAAAUACCAGCAUUUCACGGUUUGUCUAGAUAAUGUUGACAACCUUUUCGAAUUCCAAGAAAUCCGUAAAGCAAGUUCGAAAAUGGCAAAGUUUAAGGAUAUUGUUGGUCUAAUGUUUGUGGUUCUCUAUAUCGUCGGUACUUCCUGCCAAGAAAUGACAAACGAAGUCACAGCGAAGCAAAACAAAGACAGAGAAGCUUUGCUAAAAGCGAUGAUGUACAUUAGUGAAACUGCACAAAGCGACUCACUACAUACACGGGUUAAACGAGGCGCGGGAAAAAGACAUCACAGACGACGACCCAACUGGAAAGAUCAUCCACUCUACCCGCUCUAUCCUAUUGAUUUUGAAGUGUGUGAGGACUCCCCUCGCGAAUCAAAGAAUGGUCUUUGCGAUUCAUGGGAGAAAGCAGGUUACUGUAAAAAAGCCAGAGAGAUAAUGAAAACUUACUGUAAAAAGACUUGUGGCAUGUGCAAGGCCCGCUCACCAGUGGCUUGUAAACGCUCAAAGUUUGGUUGCUGUUGGGACAACGACCCCGCAAAAGGAAUCAAUGGUGAAGGAUGUCUACCUUGUUUUGAUAUUUAUCGCAUAACAUGUCCACAAUUCAAAGAUUAUUGUGGCAGACAAGACAGGAAUGGUAGAUUUAUUAGAUAUCACUGCUUCAACACUUGUGGCCGUUGUGCAAUGUAGUCAAAUGCAAAGUUCACUCCACGCAAAUCACUGAAGCCAUCGCCGGUAUUAGCGAUAGUAUAAUCUCUAGAUCUAUACAACUGGAAAAGAAAGUGAAUAGCAAGCUGGGCCGGAUGAAUACAAAAUGGUUGAGGGAAUCUUAAGAGAUAAUGACCCUCUUAAAAGAAGACAAGAGUCUAGUCUAAACCUCAGUACGAUAUUCCAGUUUUGAGUUCUCUAUUACUCGGGGUCAGGGCUAGCCUCGAUUUUGUGUAGAAUAUUCAUACAUUCCAGUGAAGAUCCGUGGAGUUUCAAAGUGUUCGUAUUGUUGUAGUUGUGCAUUCUUUACUUUACCGUUGGUAUUUGUGAAUAUUUAGACACWGAUAUGAGACUUUGCCUGAGUAAAUGAGUCUGUAAUCAAGCAACACAGCGGUAAUUUGGAACUCGAAAAAGCCCUAUUUAAAUAUCCGCUUGCCGACUCACCUAUAGUUUAGUUAUAUACGUACUCGAGUUAGAAAUAUUUGAUGCCGCAAGAUAGUGAUUUUUACCGGUAGCAAGACCGAUAUGAGACUUCAAAAUAACAAAAGUCCGUUCGACGUUGGAAGGACGAUUUAUUUAAUAGAUAGAAGAAGAGUUUUUUUAAGUAGAUCCACUUUGAUAUUACUGGACAAUGUUUUAAGAUCAUUAUGGUCAUUUUGUAAGUCUGUAUACAAACAAUAGAUAUAUCAUAUGUAUUUAUUGAGGAGCUCUGGGCAAUAUGGUUAUCUAUUUACAAAUUUAUACUCAUUUAUACUCAGUGAUCAUAAUAUUGUAUGGCUAAAAAUGAGAAUUGAUAAAAUAUUAAUAGUUAGUCGUGAGUGAAGUCAUACUCGCUUGACCUCGGGCUGAUCAAAGUCAGGGCGCGGUUAACUGCAGGUUUUGUCGAGCCACGAAAACCCGAGAACUCGGGGGAAAAAACCUACGAAUCGAUGUAGAGACCUAACAAUCUCUAUUCUUAUUGAAAACCUUGAAACACUAAGAUUUUUGCCCCCAUUAUCUCAUAACCUUGACUGAUACUAACUGAUGAUAAUGGCCUCACAAGAUAGAGUGAUGAGUGUUUGAUGUAGGGGUUACGCAUCGCCGUGGGUUAGAUCGAAAGAUGGAGAUUUUCAAAAACUUGAGUGAGCUAGUAAUUGCACUGUGUGCGUCCUAUUCAUUAAUUUAUCUCACCCGCUACCCCUAUAGAAAGCGUAAAGCGAUAGAACAAUCUUAAUUCUAUUAACCACCCUUAUUCUCUGAUUCUGAUUUCCUAUAUUAUCACUAUGCUCCAUAGCUGCCAGGGAGUGGAGUCACUAUUUCCAUAGUGAAAGCAUUGAAACUUUUUUCUGCAGGUUUCGAUAUUUUGCGAACUCAGACAUUUCAACGGGUUGUUGUGAAAUUGGUUGUUCACUGCUACCAGUCAAGAAAAUUAAAAGUACAGACUGAUUAUUUUUGAUUGACGGCAGCGAAGCACCAAAUUUCAGCGUGUAGCUUGCAAUUGCCGAAUUCGCAGAAUAUAGAAAACAAACCUGGACGUUUUUACCCAGUAAUGGCAGGAUUUUCCUGCUGCGUCGCGCGUCGGAUGCAAGGUCCAAAUGAGAAUGUAGUUUACAGCCCUUUGGGUGGUUAAUGAGAUGAAACAGUCGAUAUAGUAACGAAUGCAUGGUUCGUAAUGAAUAUUGUUUUGUUAGAAAGUUGGUGGACGAUUAAGAUUGAAAAGAUUUAAAUGAAUUGAUUUUAAGAGGAAAUUUUAUUUGAA